ACCGAGAGCUAUCCCCGUACCUACCGAGAGCUAUACCGAUUGACCCCGCUGCAGCACGAUGCCACCCAAACAGCGUGUGAAGAGUUCCGGCUCCACUGCAGGCGGCACUAUGCAGAGCGGGUCACGGCUGUGGGAGACAGGACUCAUCACCGCCCCGCUAGACGAGGACACAUGGAAGGCCAGCAUUGCCUUUGUGGUGGAGAAUGAGCCUGAAGAUGAAGCGCACACCAAAUGGUUGUCACAGGCUGUGAGCGUCCCUCUGCGCAGACUGUUUAGUGUAGUGACCUGGGAGACCAUGCUGCAACAGAUCAAUGAACUUGGAAACCCAAAGGUCAAGAAACCCAAGGAUGUGGCCCAGUACUACGAGGUGACUGAACCAGCUAAAGCCCUGCUGGACAGCGGAGAGCAACUUCCUGUUACACUGAUAACUAAGCUUCUGAAAUUCCAGUUCCUGGGCAUCAAACAAAAGGACUUGCAGAGAAGGAGUGCUGAGAAAAAGUCUACAGAGGAGAAAACUAAAAGCAACAAAACAGCAAAGGAAAAACCAUCAAGUGCUAAAUCUAUUGGAAAAGGAAAAGGGAAGAAAGCACCAGAGGGUCCUCCUCCUGUAAAAAAGCAAACGACUCUGAAGCGCAGAGGAGAAGAAGAUGAGGCCAAGCGUUUUAUUGAUGAUGAACCAGACGAUGGGGCUCAGCAUUACAUCAUAGUCCUUGGAUUCUAUCAGCCUCAGAUCCUCGUGCUGUUGGCUGAUCUCGGGAUCAAUGUGUCCAGUGUAAUUAGAAUAUCUUCCCAGAACUAUGCUAGCCUGGCAGCUCAUCAGACGGAGGCAUUCCUAUCACCAGAAGUUGUCGAAGCUGAACUGCAAAGGAAGCAAAAAGUAAGAAAAUCCCUAGACAUGUUUUGGAAAUACUUGGAGCCCAUCCUGAACAGCGGCAGGCCUGGACCCGCACUGUCACAGGUGGCCCGGCUGCAGCAUUUGGUCAAAGACAAUAUCCACCCUGCUUCAUGGAGUGAUGGAGAAAUGCUGCUUGAGUACGGUACUGAGAUAUUUGAAAGCAUAGCCUGCCUCAUGUAUGAUUGCUUGGACUGGAGAAGACAGCACCAGCAUUAUCUGAACAACAUGAAGAUCAUCAAUGUCCCAUUGGUGGUCAGUGAGCCCCAAGUGACACAUCUAUCAGGUUCUGUGGUCGGUGGAGCCCAGUCGCCAACUGCUUUAAUGAAAAAAAAAACUUCUAUGGAAGAGAUCCAGCCAGCAUUGUCCCUUCCCCCAUCUACUCCGUUACACGCUGAGGUAGAAGUCUCAUCUGUGCCUGAAGAGGUGGACAUGCGGUUCUACAAUGAUCUGUUGAAUGAUGUGCCGGAGGAGCAGCUCUCUGUGCCAGUCUUACUGCACUGCAUGCUAAGUCAGGUUGUUGCAACAGAAGAAGAUUUGGUCCCUCUGAGUCUAGCUGUGCCAGAGCCCCGUAAUGAUGGGCUACACCCUACUGUUGCCGACCACAUGAUAUCUAUGUUCGCUUCCCUUUCUUUCUCAGAAAAAGAAAAGAAGAACCUAUACAACACCUUCCUCUUCCGAGGCAAUGAAGAAACAAGCAGACAGUCCAGAGGACCACAAGUGCUGAGCUAUCACGAUCGGACGUCCCAGAGGGUCUGCCAGGUGAAGGUGCCAAAGACGUUGGAUCUGAUGACAAUAGAGCAGGAGAUGCUUGCAAAGCUUCCAUUAAAGGGACUUGUGGAGUUUCCGAAGCCGUCCCCUGAGAGCGAUGCCCGCAGACUGGCGCAGAUACACGAGCUCAUGCAUUACUGUACUAAUGAUCACCUGACCUGGGAAGAAGUUUUAAGAGCCUUCAAGGUGUUCACAUUUGAAAGUCUGGACUUGACUUGCUUUGAUGAGUUUGGGGACCUGGAGCGAACAUCGGCAAUGCUGGCAAAAGACUGCAGUAUACCCUGGGAUGACCCGGCAGCAUUUGCUCGAGAGCUUCGGAGGAGGACGAGCAUUAGAAAGAUGUACGAGCAGAGAACAGAAAAUGAUAAAGUAGAUACUGGGGGAAACCAACACCAAGAUGAUGUUGAUAUCACGACAAAGGACAAGGAUAGUAUGGAGCGUCCCUUGGUCGAUCUUGAAGACAUUCAGAAGACACAGAAGAGGUCCCUGUCUGAAUGGUGCUAUUGUGAGAAUUAUGAGCCAAAUCUUUUACUUCAGGUUCUUCAUGAAGCAUCUCAAUGGUAUCGGUGCCUGGAUUCUUAUUAUCACAAUCAGGAUAACUCUCUACUUCUUGUCCUGCACAAUCCAAUGAAUAAUGUCCGCCAGAGCCAGGAGUCAUGGGAUAUGGCACUUCACUCGGAUGUCAGCUUCAGAAACUACUUGGAGUUUGUAGCAGAUUCCAUCUCAGACUGGGUGCAGCAAGAAGAAGAAAAGUAUCAGGAGGAAAGGAUCGCUGAGGAGAUUAAAGCCCUUAAAGACAAAGAUCACCAGGAAAAAGAGGAGAGGUCCAGAGCAACCGCUCCCACUGGCAGAAAGGCCAAGAAAUCCACUUCCCCAAAGAAAAGUAAAAGUCCUAAAGGCCGUUUAUCCCGAUCAGGAAGCAGUAGUGAUUUAAAGCCAGAGCCAGACAACACCCAAGACCUGUUUAUACUUGAGGGCUCCUUGAAGGCCUGGAAGAAAGAACAGGAUAGGAUACAAGAGGAAGAACGCCUCAAGCAAGAGAAGAAAGCGGUAAAGAAAAAAUCAGGAGGUAGAAAGCAAGGAGGGAGCAAGGAGCGUCCAGAGUCUGGAAAACGUAAAUCUCCACGAAGCUCUGGAAAAGGUGCCAGAGACAAAAGUAAAGAGGAUGUACUCGGACCUCAGGAAGCCAUGCUAGAUACUCAUAGUGAGCCCCUGGCACCCCCAGAGAAGCUUUACAAAUUUAUAGGUUACAAUGUGGGGGACAAUUUAAUUCAAGUCUCUGGAGGCAGCCGCUACCUGUUCCCUACAGAUGGUGGGCAGAUCCAAGUGGAACAUAUACAUUUUGAGAAAGGCUCAUACUUUGUGAAAAUGAAGUUAUUAAAGGACGGACACAGCUUCUUGAUCCACAUAACAAACCCAAAGAAGUCCAAGAGUAAUGAUCCAGAGAACGUGACACAGGCAGAGGAGCCAGGAAAGAAAAGGAGAUGCGUCAGUGAGUUUGGCUCAUUCACAGCAACUCUCCAGAGUGGCAUUCAGCUGUCACUCAGUCACUAUGGGGCCACUGGAAAAGGGCCAGAGGACAAUGACCCUGAACUUGCGGCUAUGCUGUCUUUCCCAUCUGUUCACACUCCAAGCUUUCUUCCAGCACCACCACCUUCUACACCUUCAGCUAAAAAGUCCCCCCGGCAAAAGUCCCCGCGGCAAAAGUCCCCCAAAGCUCCAGUGGCAGAGCAAACUCCUGCACCAUCUGAGGUUAAGAUGGAUACAGUCAGCACCCCAACUCCUGCCAGCCCCCUGCCAGCCGCACCCGCGUUCCAGAGCCUGAACAUCUCAUGCCCCAGUGGGCUUCUAGUGGCGUUCCUGAGGGAGGACUCAGCAGGCCCGUGCACAGAUGGCAGAGAUGAGCAGACUCACAGACUGCUGGUCAGACAGAACUAUCCGGUUAGAACCAGGAAUGCCCAGCUCUACCCUUCAGGACCUGGGCAAGUGACGCAGGAAGCCUCUAGAGUCAUCACUUCACAGGGCGCUGUGAUAAAAUACAUGCUGGACGGCUCCACCCAGGUUCUUUUUCCUGAUGGAACAAUAAGCAGGAGCCCGGACUCAGGGCCCGUUGUCCAGCCUCGGCCCCCCACAUCCCCUCCUUCUGCACCAUCUGCAGUGAAUGGCUCUGACAUUCUGCCAUCGGCAGUGUUUAAUGGCUCUCGCGAAUCCAAAGAUCAGAAACAAAUGGGAGCAGCUGACACUGUAUCUAAAAAAGGAAAAGGUGGCCAGAAAACUGGAUCAACAACCUUUAAGACUGAGGUUGCAGAACUUCCAUUACCAGAUCCAUCUCCGUCCCUGCCAAUUUCACCGGAGAUAAAGCCCGGGACAUGGAUAACCACUACACCAUCAGGCCAGCAGAUAGGCACCAGGGGAGCCCAGAGACUGGAGCUGAAGCCCCUGCUGUCCUUCAAGGCUACUGACCCAGUGGAUGGAACGGUGAUGAUAACUCGAGAGGACCAACUAGUGUUUGUGCUGAGGAGUGAUGGCACCAAGAUCGUGGAACACCCAGAUGGCACUAGGAUUACUACAUACCACCAGUAUCUGGAGGUCCCUCUGCCAGGAGACCAUGAGGAAACAGGUGAAAACCCGGUGACCUUCACAAAACAAGGAGAGUUUUUAAGAGUGGAGAAUCCAGACUUUGCCACAGUUAUAAUAAAUAUUGAGGAAAAUGUCUGUAGUGCAAUGUUUGGGGAUGGCACAGAGGUGCAUGCAAAACCUCAGGGGACAUACCAGGUGUUCCCUUCAGUAUCAGGCUGCCUGACUAUUAAUGAGGAGGGCCGUGCCGUAUAUUCCCCUCUCGCCUGCUCCUCUGCACAGAACCCUUUCAGACCAGACCCUCUGCCCCCAGGAAGUUACAUUAUGAGUCACACAGCAGACGUGAUCUGUGAGGUUCUGGAUCCAGAAGAGAAUCUCUUCCAGGUCAUGGUAGACGGGAGCACAAAUGUAAUCAUUGCAAACAGUGACACCUGUGAAGAGGAGGAAAAUAACUCAUCAAGUAACAAUAUGCAGCACAAUCCUGAUGAGUAUGAUUUACAUGCACCAAGGUUCUUCAUUAUAAACGCUGAUGGAUCUGGCACUGAGCUUCUUCGUAAUCGGGAAGUAGAAGAUUAUUUGGCCUCCUGUUAUUGUGAAGAAGCAACCGCUGUUCUACAGGAGCCAAUCCAAGAGCUACCAGGUGUGCAGAACAUUACUGUCCUUAAACCUUUCCCUGAAACAUCUCAGUGGCUAAUGAAGAAAACUGAGGACAACCUGGUUCCCCCCAACCUUGUGUCCCGAUCUUGGGAUAACUUCCCCAGUGUUGAGAGAAAGACCCCAGGACCUCCUUUUGGUGUUGGUGUGUGGAAAGGUCUCUGUAUUGGCAGCAAACAGGAGACUAGACCCCGUCCUGCAAUCCUCAGAUGCCCCAACGUGCUGCUGACCCGCCAGCUCCUCCUGUAUAAGCCAAUCAGCACGGACAUGCGCAAGACGCUGCAGCUGGCUCUUAAAGAGUUUAUUGAUACAGCGCUGAAGAAGGAGGAGGAACUUCAUGAGCUUAAAAUGAAAGAUCCCAGGACGGCAGAAGAGAGGGACCAUGCAGCCAACCUACUGAAGCUUGUCUUGUCUUUUCCAGAAACUAAAGACACUUCACCAAGUCAGCUGAUCACAGUGAGAAGUCAAGCUGAUUUUGCCAAUCUUUAUGAGCGGGCACUGACUCCUGAGCCACACCCUUCACCUCCCCAGGCUAAACCAAAGAGAGAUGCGCAGGACUGGGAGCAAAUCAGGCAGGAGAUACAGGAGACCAAACAGAUGUUACUGGACAUGAGGAGCAAUGUGCACCCUCCGUACUUCCAGUCUGAUAUAGGCAAAGCUUUCCUCCAGACACAGGUGCCUGACAUGAAUUACCUCUCUAGCAAGUUACCUCCAUUCCCAAAGUCUAAGGAACUUGGUGAUCAAGUGAUGGAGCCGACGUCGUGCACUGACAUCUCUGGAUCAGCUUCUGAGACAAAGAAGGACACAUCACAAACUGAAGUCACAGACACAGAGGGUCCUCCCCAGCUGGCCAGUGACAGGAUAUGUGAGACACCCCAGGCGGAUAGGGAAUGCUGGGCACUUGCAGACCAGUAUGAUACCGAUACUGACUUCAGUUGGCCAUCAGUCACUCCACAAAGACAACAUAAGUCAUUGUCCCGCAGUCUGAACAUAGAUGUAACUGGUCAGCCAAGGAGAGAGAAGAUCAAACUGCCAGCCGCGAUCCUCAGCGACAAACCUGUGUCAAUACCCAACACCAAGUUUGCAGUUGUGGAGGAUCCAGUGAGGCGGAAAUCAAACACUGUAUCAACAUCCCCCCUAGCAACUAGAGGCGCCAAGAUGUUACCACGGGGGUUUCACCUUACGCCACCAGCAGUGCAGUUCGGUACCGUGAAAGAGGGGUGUACGUACGCCACAUCGGUCACUAUGAAAAACAUUGGGGUGGAAUUUUGCAGAUUCAACGUGAAGCUUCCCCCACCCAGCAGCGGCCUUAGAGUCAUAUACACACCGGGGCCCGUGGCUGCAGGGAUGGAGCGCACUCUGGGAGUAGAACUGUUUGCUUUGGCCAUCGGUCUGGAAGGCCCGGAGGGAGCAGCACCGUGGUCAUAUUGUAUUGAGAUCCAAACUGAAGUGGAGACCUUAUUCCUGCCUGUUACAGCAACAGUUCUCACAGAGAAAGUGUAUGAGAGCCGAGCUGAAGAGGGUAACUUGAGGACAAAGGCGCCAGGUGUCCGCCUGAUCAGUACGAAGCUGAACUCUAGACUUCAGGGCAUGAGAACCUUGCAGACAGUGACAGAUUCGGACUUCUGAUCAGGAUCUUCAUCUCAGGACAUCUGUUUUCAUAUUAGACUAAUAAAAUAUUUUUACAAAA